AUGGCUUUCUUUGAAGUGGUCACCUCCAUCUUCUCCAUCUCUACGCUCUUGUCUCUCAUGAUGAGGAAACGAGCGGCCCCAGAUGAGGCCGGGCCAAGCCGACCACGUCGUCCUACGAGGAGGGUGGAUGCUGAAAAAAAUGCCAAUGUCGAGCAAGAAUGGAGGUCCAAGCGGGACCUCGAUCCUCGGAUUCUGUUGGAGAGAUCCCUACUACCGAACAUUGGUCUCGGUAAGUUCCGCAAUCGCAGAGUCGUGUUUGAAGCACACGUCGAUGAGAAGAUGCUUGGGACGUACCCAGUCAUCGAAUUUCUCACAGAAAAUGGGUGGGGUCCCAUAUUCGAGGGAAAAGCUCCUGCGAGGAGUGACAAUAUCGAGGAGAAAAGUGAUGAGAUCGAGGAGAGUAAGGGUGAGAAACAAAGUAGUGAGGAUGAAGAAGGAAGUGGUGAGGAUGGUGAUGGAGAUGACGACAGUGGCGACAAGGAAGGGCAACAAGAGGAAGAAGUGGAGGCCCAAGGCCCUGAUGUGGCCUCUCCUCCUGCUACACACGAGCAUGAUAGUGAUCGGGCUACAUCAGAAGCCCGCUAG